AUGUCAUCUUCCAAGCAGCAACAACAAUUCCGUUGCACUCAAAUUCCAUCCAAGGUUCUUCACUUCCGCAACCUUCCAUGGGAAUGCAGCGAUGAAGAACUUGCUGAUCUUUGUAGUCCGUUUGGAAAAGUGAUGAGUACUAAGUGUAAUGUUGGUGUUAAUCAGAAUCAAGCUUUUGUUCAAUUCGCGGAACUGAAUCAAGCAAUUUCAAUGGUUUCAUAUUAUGCUUCAUCUUCAGAGCCUGCUCAGGUUCGUGGCAAGACUGUUUACAUUCAAUAUUCUAAUAGACAUCAUAUUGUCAACAGCAAUUCCCCUGGAGAUAUCCCUGGAAAUGUCUUGCUGGUAACCAUUGAAGGUGUUGAAGCAGGAGAUGUGAGCAUUGAUGUUAUCCACUUGGUGUUUUCUGCGUUUGGCUUUGUACACAAACUUGCCACAUUUGAAAAGACUGCAGGUUUUCAGGCUCUGAUUCAGUACACUGAUGCUGAGACUGCUGCUUCGGCUAAGGAUUCACUCGAUGGAAGAAGCAUACCAAGAUACUUGCUCCCAGAGCAUGUUGGAGCUUGCAACUUGCGUAUCUCGUACUCAGCACAUCGAGACCUCAACAUCAAAUUCCAAUCUAACCGCAGCAGGUAG